GUAUCCAAUAAUCGCAAAAUCCAAAUCAGAAAUCAAUCGCCAUGCCCAUAUGAUAUGAGUUAUCAAGACUCAAAAGAGUCAUUCACACCAACUCCAACCAAUGCAUUUAAAAGCCUCCGUACACCCUAAAAAGUAGACAAUAAUUAUUUUUUUCGAUUUGUCAACAGACAAUAAUUAUUAGAAUCAUUACAUACACAGAAUUCAGUUCAUACAUAGUACUAUUCUCAUAUAUAUUUCUUUUCUCAUAUUCAUAUAUAACAGAAAAAAAAAAAAAAAAACACACAGACACACAGGACACAGAGACAUACAGAGAGAGAGAGAUAAACAUGUUGAAAAUCUGGGGCUCUACCAUGUUGUUCCGGGGUUCAUGGGAGGAAAUUUGGCGGGAAAACAGGCAUGGUGGUUGUUGGUUCACUCUUAUUGCUUUGUCUCUCAUCUUGGUUUGGCACUGUUCCAAGACCUUCUCUUUUAGAUUUUCCUCACCUUCCAAUCCCACCACUGCCACUGCCACUGCCACCGCCACCACCACCACCACCACCGCUAUUUCUGGCAGCACUAAAAUUGAUUCCCAAUUCAGAAUCUCGGAAAUUGUCUCGGAUGCUGAUUUAAAGUUUUUAAUUGAAAAAUUGGAUCAGAAGCUCAAUGAAAGUGAGAAGUGGGAACAAGUCAUAGACAAAAGAAACAAUCUUCUAUCCUACAAUGCAAAAUGCUGCAAGCCUAAGGAUGGCCCAUUAAAAUACUUGAGUGUGACAGUAUUUGAGAACUGUUCUCCUGAGAUGUUAAAAAACUUCUACAUGGACAAUGAUUAUAGAAAGCAGUGGGACAAGACCGUGGUUGAGCAUGAGCAGCUGCAGGUGGAUAAAAUUAAUGGAGUUGAAAUUGGUCGUACGAUAAAAAAGUUUCCACUCUUGACACCGAGAGAAUAUGUGUUAGCUUGGAGAUUGUGGGAAGGGAAGGAUAAAACAUUCUACUGUUUUCUUAAGGAAUGCGAACAUCCUUCAGUACCACGACAGAAGAAGUUCGUACGUGUUAGGUUUUUUAGAUCUGGUUGGCAGAUCAGGAAAGUACCUGGGAGAAAUGCUUGUGAGAUCAAAAUGUUUCACCAAGAAGAUGCUGGUUUGAAUGUCGAGAUGGCAAAGUUGGCUUUUGCUAAGGGGAUUUGGAGUUAUGUGUGUAAGAUGGAUAGUGCACUACGCAAAUACUCCGGGAUCAGCCAUCCUCAAUCAAGCUCGGCUGUCACUCUAAUUCAGAAGGUGCCACCUGGAUUAGAUACCAUGAACAGCACGACCUCUUCUGAAACUACCAGUGCAACUGCCUUUCACGGGCAAACUGGUGAAGCCAAAGAGAGGAAAAUCUCUAAGAGGCCUUCAAGGAAAUUGCUAGCCAAUGGUUUAUUUCUUCUUGGGGGUGCAAUCUGUCUUUCUUGUGGUCACUCUAGCCUGGGUGCUAAAGUUGCCAUGGCAUACAUCUUGACGAAGCUGAGUAAGCAUGGUGCUUCAUCAGAUCAAAGUAGUCAAAGUUGAGGUACAUGACCUAGAUGUAUCAUGACAGAUUUUGGAGUAUCUAGUAAAGUUUACUAGAAAUUUUAUUAACUGAAGUGUGUUGGAUGUAGCAUCAUUGUAUCAAAAAAAUUUGGGACUAAGGCUUAAUUGUUGUUUUAUGUAGCAUGUAGUGUAACUUACGUGCUUUUUUUUGUGGGUUGUUUUCCUGCCUUUACCUCUGCAUCGAGAAGAGAAUAAAGAGAAAGGCAAAUGUGAAAGAAAACAAUUUUGGAGCAAGGCUACUAACGGGGUGGGGUUUGGUGUUGUAAAUACUAUAUAUAUAAUCAGUGGACCCUUUUUACCUACUCAUAUACAUUUUUUUUUUUUGGUAUGUAAAUGCCCAUAUACUUCAUUUGUAAAUCUUCAAGAUGUGAAAAGGAUUAGAAACUGAUCUAAUCAAGUCUUGUUUGAAAUUUAA